CCGCUCCUGCGCACUAGAGUUCUAGGGAGACCGGUGCUACCUGGAGGAAAUGGCUACUUCUCGCUUACCCCCGGCGACACUGACGUUAAAGCAGUUCAUGAGAAGGCAACAAGUUCUCCUUCUCUACAGAAGGAUUUUGCAAGCAAUUCGCGAAGUUCCAAAUGAUUCUGAUCGCAAAUACCUGAAGGACUGGGCAAGGGAAGAAUUCAAAAGAAAUAAAAGUGCCACUGAAGAGAACAGAUCUAAAAAGGUAAUCCCAGAAUCUGACCAGCACCUGAAAAAUCUAGGAGAAAUUCUGCAGAAUGAUAAAUGGUUACCUAGUACUGGACUGCACACCAGAAGGAAGAGAGAGGCAGAAGGAGGCGUUCAUCCAUGGCCUGCCUGCAUCGCCAGGCUCCACCCGCCCAGCCCACAGGCUCAGCCCACAAGAUAAAAUAAUUCUAAAUGUUCUUCAGCCAGGUUAUCUAAUUCAAAAUGCAUGAGCUAAUUAUCAGAUAUGUACAUCGUCUUACAUCAGUCAAGCUAUUGCCAAGCCAUCUGAUGGGCAGAAGCCUUUGUGAACAGUCUGUGAACAAAAAGCACUUUCCUUCUUGCAGCGUGAUAUGCCUGUUCAAGUAUAGGCAACUUCUAGUAAAUCUAAAAUCUUGACACUACAAAUCACCUUUUCAUGAGGUGUAGAAAUCAGUGACUUGGUGACAUUCUUCCUAGCAGUGGUGUAUGUCAAAGAUGUAAGAGCAUUUGUGGUUUAAGUUUGUAAGAUGCAAUUAACAGACGCCAAGAAAACAGAACUUGGGAUUUGUUUUUUUUUUUUUUAAAUUGGGCGAAACACUACAAAAUUGAAUUUUCAUUUUCCAGAGGCUAAGAUUAUUAUAACCUUUAAUAAUGGACAGCGUUUGAGCGCUAAAUCAAUCUUAGGCUAAACAACA